AUGGCCUAUGAUCGGUACCUUGCCAUCUGCCGCCCUCUUCACUAUAAAGAUCUCAUGAUGCCCACCUUCUGCAUCCACCUGGUCACUGCCUCCUAUCUACUGGGCUGUGCCAACUCACUCACCCACCUGUCUGGUUUGCUCAGUCUGUCCUUCUGUGGACACAAUGUCAUUAACCACUAUUUCUGUGAUAUCCCACUGCUUUUCCAACUUGCCUGUUCUGACACCCAUUACAGUGAGGCUUUAUUUACUGUCCUCUCUGGAGCCACAUCAGUGGCUACCUUUCUGAUGGUGGUUAGUUCCUAUCUGGGAAUCCUUCUCACGGUCCUGAAGACACGGUCUUUGAGAAGCAGAUACAAAGCCUUCUCCACAUGUGCCUCCCACCUAACGGUAGUGAGUGUCUUCUAUGGAACAGUGAUUUUUACUUAUUUGGGGACCAGCUCUAGCUACCCAGACAAGAAAGCCAAAAUCUUGUCUGUGUUCUAUACCCUUUUGCUGCCAGUACUAAAUCUUCUCAUAUACAGCAUAAGGAACACAGAAGCCAAAGAAGCAAUGAAAAGAAUUAUCAUGAGAAAAAUAUUUGCUCAGUGA